UUUUGUUUGUUCUUAAACACUGGAUGUGCUGGGUCAAUGAACUGUUACUCCAGGAAGCAGAGCUGAGAGGACAAGCUGAGAAGACACCAUUAUGAUGGCAAGCAGGAAUACAAUGUUUUGUCAAAAGUCCCUCAUCUAGGGAAGCACGUGCAUACUCUACUGCAAGAAAGCAAUAUUUGGGGCUCUUUAAACCCCUGACUGUAACCUGGUUCAGUUUUCUCAGUGCCUGCUGGAAGAGACUUAUCUUUUUCCAUACCUUUAAAGUGGACUACAAGCCUAUCCUCAGCAGGAUUUAAGAUCUUCCUGGACACGCCACCAGCCCCCCCCUCACACAAGAAGAUGAUUGACCUAAGCUUCCUAACAGAGGAGGAACAAGAGGCAAUAAUGAAGGUGCUGCAACGGGAUGCAGAACUAAAGAGAGCUGAAGAAGAGAGAGUCAGGCAUUUACCAGAAAAAGUCAAAGAUGAUGUUCAGCUGAAGAAUAUGAGCGGGCAGUGGUUUUACGAAGCGAAGUCGAAGAGGCACAGAGACAAGAUACACGGAGCAGAUAUCAUUCGAGCUUCCAUGCGCCGCAAGCCUGCUGCUUCUGAAUUACCACAGGAAGUUCAGAAG